UUGUGCAUCAGUCUAACGGCGCUCAAAUGGGUUAUUGCGCACACAGCGGGCUGAACUACAGCCGCGGCUCCAACUACAACCCAAGUGUUCAGGCAGGCGUCUCUUUCACCCGGAGCGUCGGGCAGAGAUCAGGCGCUCCGAACCGCUGCGGAAAACUUGCUUUGUAUUCGAUUCCCUCCUAAUUGAAAAAAAUAGGCUAAGUGAUGCUCAGCAUGCGGACCGACUCAGAGGCUGAAUGAACUGUGUUUUUCUCAUCUCAGAGCAGUUUCAUGUGCUCUUUAUCCGUUUAUUUCAGAGGAUUACCCCUUCACACAGUAACGAUGGGUUCUGUGAUGUUGGACUGGAGGUUAUCGUGUCUUCUUCUGCAGGCGGCUGCUUUGCUUCUGCUCAGCAAGGGGGAGAGGAUGUGCCCCGUGAGUUGCCGCUGUGAAGGAAAGAUUGUUUAUUGCGAAUCCGGCAUCUUCCAAGACAUCCCAGUAAACAUCUCCACAGGAUGCCAGGGUCUGUCUCUGCGCUAUAACAACCUGCUGGUUCUGUUGCCCUACCAGUUCGCUCAUCUAAAUCAGCUUAUCUGGUUAUACUUGGAUCACAACUCCAUCCAUACCAUAGAUGCUUUAGCCUUCCAGGGUGUGCGCAGGCUUAAGGAACUGAUCCUCAGCUCCAACAAAAUAUCCCAUCUGCACAACAAUACCUUCAGCGCCGUACCAAACCUGCGCAAUCUGGACUUAUCCUACAACCAACUGCAGUCGCUGCAGCCAGGACAUUUUUAUGGUCUGCGCAAGCUACAAAACCUCCACCUCCGAUCAAAUGGCCUGAAACAGAUCUCCCUUCGCACCUUUCUGGAAUGCCGCAGCCUGGAGUUUCUGGAUUUGGGAUACAAUCGCCUGCGGAGCCUCACUCGCACAACGUUCUUAGGCCUGUUCAAGCUGAAGGAGCUUCAUUUAGAGCACAAUCAAUUUUCCAGGGUUAAUUUCUACAUUUUCCCGCGCCUUACCAACCUCCAGGCUCUUUAUUUGCAAUGGAACCGCAUACGAUCUAUCAAUCAAGGCGUGCCUUGGACCUGGAACAAACUAGAGAAACUAGACCUGUCGGGGAAUGAAAUACAAAUGCUGGACCCGGCAGUUUUCCAGUGUAUGCCAAACUUACAAACUCUCAAUCUUGAAUCAAACAAGCUUAGCAGUGUGCCUAUGGAAGCUGUGGCAGCUUGGACUUCACUGACCACCAUCAGUCUAGCCGGGAACUCCUGGGACUGCAGCCCCAGCAUCUGCCCGCUCAUGGGAUGGCUGAAAAACUUCAAAGACCCCAAAGACAUCAGUAUGAUAUGCAGCAGCCCAAAGUCUGUGCAGGGCGAGAGAGUAGUGGAUGUCGUGAGGAAUCAUUCGACCUGUGCAGAAAUGUCAAAUGUUCUUUCAUCCACAGCUGUCCUUAUUCUCACUUCAACCCAAAUAUUGAACAUCACAACUGACGUGUCUCCCUAUGAUUAUACUGACCUGGAUUUUACCGAGUCACCUGUUGAUGGAUUAACUCCUUCUUCUGUCGAUCCUACUGAGUCAGACAGAAAGACAACAGAGUCCACCACCAUGAGCCCCACAUCCCCCAUCUCCCCUGACCCCCCUUCCUCUUCUGUCCCGGAGCUACCGUUUGAACAUAUGACUUUCCAUAAAAUUAUUGCAGGCAGCGUAGCGCUGUUCCUGUCAGUAGCAUUGAUCCUCCUGGUAAUUUAUGUUUCAUGGAGGCGAUACCCCAACACUAUGAGGCAGCUGCAGCAGCACUCAGUCAACCAUAAGCGCAGGAAAAAGGCCCUAAAGCAGGAGCAGGACCUAAACUCUCAGCUGCAAGAGUACUAUCUGAGCUACCAUUCAAACUCAGAGGCGAUGGAUUCUCUGGUGAACGAGACAAGGCCGUGCACAUGCACCAUAUCUGGAUCCAUAGAGUGUGAAGUCUGAGCUGCACAUUCCACCAUAAGAGACUAAAUCUGCAAUCGCUAAGCAGAGGUAAAUGUUUUUUUCCCACAAAGUUAAGUGGUUUUUAUCUCUAAUGUGAGAUGAUAGACCCUGCAGCUCUGAGGGAAAUUCUUGGAGGCAUAGUACAAUAUAAUUAUGUGCACAGAGAAGAAGACUAGAGCGGGAAGAUAUAUUUGGAGCUAAUUAUCACCCUGACUGACACGAGGACAGUUGUGGGGUCAGCCAGGUUAGCUGUGUCUGAACUAAUGUUACCACUGGACCUCUGCUACAGCAGAAGUCAGCUCUGCAGAGAGACUGACCUCAUUCUGAGACAAACUACAUUGCCAUAGAACAAAUGAACCAAUGAAGACACUUUUUACCUGCUAGUUUUGAUUUUUAUUGUAUAGCUUGUAAAGCAAUUUAGGACGUGUGUGUGUGUGCAUCUUUGUGUGUUCUGUUUGUCUGUAUGCCUGUGUUAUUUGGAGGAGCCGAGAAUCUCCUGGGUUAUUGAUUUAUGGUCAGAAGAUUUACAGUGAUGCACCUUAUUCCUCCAAAUUUAACUGUUUUGCAUUUGGCAGUCCUGUGCAGCUAUUAAUAUAGCACUACCACACAACAAAACAAGGGAACAACAGAAGAGGGAAUACUUGUCCUGAGAUCUUUUGCAUGAGUUCAUUCACCCAACUUAUUAAAUGAUCCGGUCUAAUUCAUGUUGAAGUUGCAUUUGGUUCAUUGUGGUACUAGCAAACGAGCUAACCAUACUUGAAAAAACACAUCAUUAGUCUCAGGACUGAUCAUUUUCCAGCUGUAAGAAACUAUUGGGUCCAAGGAAGGCAAAAACCAGGGCUCAGUUCCAAGUCGUCAAAUUCUCCUGGUUGUCACAGCUCUUGGUGUCAGAUGAACCCAUUCGUGUCACUUUGCAAAGAUUUCCAAAAAAUUGUGAUGUGGUCGAAAGACCUUAAAAAAUGUCUGAGUGGCGAUAAAAACUCUCAACCAAACCCACCAGACUGGAGUUUGAGUCUCUUCCAAAACCAAAAUGAGGUGUCAAUUUUAUUUUCUAAAACUAUUCCAUAAAGUUCAACCUAUCAUUAACCAUGUCAGUUUUUUUUUUGACAUGAACCAUCUAUUAGACUUGACAGACGUUUACUGAAUAGGAUGCCAAAGGGAUACGACAAAGCACGAAUAUUUGACGACAUGGGAUGUGAACACAUUGGAAAGCCCUGAUGAGUCAGAAGUAAAGUUGUUAAUCUUCAUAAUGAAUUUUGUAUUUCAUUCAUUUCAUUGCGAUUAUGCAUUGUUUGUGUAAAGACAUGACAAUAUGGGUACUUGGCAUUCUAUGUGACAAUGACUGUAUAAUUAAAAGAAACACUGUCGUUGGAUGAAAGA